AUGUUGAAGAUUGAAGAUGAUCUUUGGGGUUCUGAUGGUUGGUUUCUUGAUGAGGUGUCUGAGUGGUUGAAUCCCCAAGAUCAAGCUGAGAUUGCUAAUACUGUGGUGGUAUGGUCUGAUAUGCCUGACAGGAGAGUUUGGAAACAUGAGAAUUCAGGUGAUUUUUCUUCUGGUAGGAGAUCUGACUUUUCUGUUGGUAAUGCUCUGCCAGUUUCUGGGAGAUUGAUUUUGCAGCAAGACCAAAAUGGGCUGCCUACAAUCAGACUGAAGAGACUGGUGGUUUGUGAUCAGAGACAGGGAAUUGGUUGA